UCAAUUUCGCAGCGCGGAUCCGCGCGAAGCUGCUCGCUCCUGAUUGGCCCUUGCCGGCAUGAACGCGCCCCCCCCCACCGUCAACGAGGGCGGCCAUUUUACUAAGGGGCGGGGGGGGGGGUGUGAGGGUUUAACAGGCGCCUCGGCUCUAUGCAAAACCUAUUGCGUGACGUCACCAGCAAGCGAUCUCGCAGCGCGCGAUCGUCGGAGCAGUCGGUCGGAAGUGUCCCUCCCCCCCCGAAACGUUACGCGGUGCAGAAAGGCAAUCAAAGAAGGGGCCAUGGCUUGCACUGCGCAGAGCGUGAAACUCAACAGCGGCACUGCUAUGCCACUCCUGGGACUCGGCACGUUUAAGAUGCAUGGUUACGAGGUGGUGUACGGCGCGCUAGCGGCGGCGCUGGAGCACGGCUACCGUGCCGUUGACACGGCUGCCGUCUACAACAACGAGGCAGACGUGGCGCGCGCGCUGCGCGAACUGCUACCCCGCCACGGCCUGACCCGCGCCGACGUCUUCAUCACGAGCAAGCUGGCGCCGCGCGACCAGGGCCCCGGGGCGGCGGCCGCAGCGCUGCAGUCGCUUGAGAACCUGGACCCUGGCGGAUAUCUGGACCUGUACCUCGUGCAUUGGCCCGGCACCCAGGGACUGCCUGGUGAGGAUCCGCGGAACCAGGAGUUGCGGCGGGAGAGCUGGCGCCUGCUGGAGAAACUGCAUGGCGAGGGGAAACUCCGUGCCAUCGGCGUGAGCAACUACACGGUGCGGCAUCUCGAGGAGCUGCUGGCAACGUGCUCCAUCAAACCCAGCGUGCUGCAGGUGGAGUAUCACCCACACCUGGUGCAGAAGGAACUCCUUGAAUACUGUCAAGCACAUGGCAUCCACAUGCAGGCAUACUCCUCACUGGGCAUGGGCCACCUGCUCGGGGAGGUGACGGUACAGGAGGUGGCCUCCCGGCUUGGGCGUACACCGGCGCAGGUGCUGCUGCGCUGGGCGCUGGAGCGCGGCGUGGGCGUCAUCCCCAAGUCGACGGGCGUGGAGCGCGUCGCCUCCAAUGCCGCUGUCUUUGACUUCAAGCUCACGCAGGAGGAUAUGGAGAAAUUGGACGGAAUGGACAAGCAGCUGCACUACUGCUGGAACCCGAACACCAUCGCGUGACCGGUGCGACAAAGCAUGACCUUUUCCAUUCGUGUUUAACCAGGUGGGCCAAGUCCACUAUUGGGAAGUAUCGUUAAGAUAUAAAGUACUGUGCAUAAACAUAAAUGGUUCAUCAGCUGUUUGUGUUGGACUCUUACCCCUUUUCCAAAUGGGACAUCUGAACAGUGCGAGUAUUGGGUCCUUAAUGUGGGUGGUUUAUACCACUGGAUAUUUGCAAAACAGAGCCAGAACUAAACCAUGCAACUCUGGGCUCAAGACAUCUGAAUGUGGUUCAGGAUGGGCAUGGUCAAUCAUUUUUGUGACGCCAGAGGCAUGCUUCAGGAACAGCAGUGGAAAUGCAUCAUGGCGUCUCAUGAGCCCCGCGCCAGGCUAGCUCGGGACAGCCCCAGCACGGUUCAAUUAUAUAGUGGAAAAAAGGUAUCCAUUUUUGUAAAUGUGCCAGGGAGUUACUAUUUGAAGAAAUAUAUUGAUUAUUUUCAUGCCUGCAGUGAUGCUUUUCAAAAGAAAAGUUAUAGCUCUUUGUCAAUGCACUACUGGAUAAAAGGUCUCCCAUGCAAAGUCUGUCAUUGGGUAAUUUUUUUACCCGACUUCACCAGGCUGGUAAUGUUGAAUUGGUUAAGAAUGAGACCUAGGACCAAUUUAGAUAUUACCAUUUAUUAGCCUUGGCUUGGAAGCAAUCUUGAGUUGCCAAGUUAAAAGUGCAGUGCACUAACCACAUCCCAUAUUAUUUUAUCCAUUAAAAAAACAUGUUUAAAAUGUCCUUGUAUUGCUGUGACUAGAUAAUUGUGGUUUCGAGCAUUUGGCUGCUAUAAUUUCACGUGAUAAGCCACCUAAUUGAGCUAUCAUGUGGGCAGGUCACUUCUGAAAAAGAGCUACAUAGCUCAGUGGGCCUUACCUAGUAAAAAAAAAGGUGAUAGUUUUUAAUUGUACAGUUAGGUGGUAGUUUGUGUUCAUGCAGGGGCUGAAAUUUUUCUCUGCACUGCAAUGUAGCGCUGUGUUUUUGACAUUCAGGGGAGUUCUUGGUAAAACCUCGGAACCGAGAUGUCGUGCGCUAUAUUUGCCAAACGAUUUUCAUCCGUCUGCAAAAUUCGACACGGUGAUGCAAGAUUUUUAAAUUAACUCGAGGGGAAAAAUAUAAGUAAAGCCUUAACUCUAAAGCCGUGCAGAUGUCGCCCAUCCCAGUGAUGCAUUUCAUUUUUGUUCCCAAUGGCUUUCAAAUUUCUCGAAGUUAACCUGUCAAAAUUUAAAUCAAAUUUUUCCCUCCCCUUCAGAAAUUCCAACCAUGGCAGUGAAAUCCCCGCAUCGAAUUGCGUUUUGAAGUCAUAGGUGCAACAGCGCACGCGGGUGUUGGCUUAGCGCUGCAGCAUACGCACUUCCAUUGCUCUCGGCUCCUAUUGUGUGCCAAUUUUAGGAAAAUAAAAAAUUAAAAUCUACACUGUGCAAUUUUUCCAUUCUCGUUUUUGCUAAACUCAGGUCUUGCAGGGCGGUGGCAUAGCAGAGUGGUAAUGUGCUUGAUGCUGAGGAUCGUUGUUCGAACCCUGUAAUCGCCCUGAUAAUACCGUGGGUGUAUUAACCAAAGAUAUGUGCUGUCUGCUUCAGUGGACGUUAAAGAUUCCUUGACAAUAAAAAAAACGAGUGGAUCAUGUGUGCUGGCAUUACGAUCCAAAUUUGCCAUACUUGUAAAAAAAUAACCCAUAAACGACUUAAUUGGUAACGCCAAAUGUCUGACUAUACCGUCUGAAACGUGGUGCCUUAGGAAUUGCCUUUGUGCUGAAAUAAUGGUGUGAACAGCAAGUGUACUCAUGAUUAAUAAACCUUUCCGGUCCAUGCGAAGUACAUCAAUGGUUGAAAUUUGAAAUUAAUUCCGAGCAGAAUCCCGAGAGCUUGUGACAAAAGAAACCCUCCGAUUAGUUUGCGAUGAAGUUGAUGGCAAACUGAAACACUUGAACUUCCUGCGGUUUGGCAGAAAGGACCAGGGCCUCGACAAUGAAAACUGCCCAUGCUUCUGGGUGGCAUGGCCGAAGGGGUUAAUCCUUUCACAAGUGCUGUCAGCAUGAUUUGCACAGCACCUUUUCAGGAUCGUGAUAUUACUGUAAUUAUUAUAUAUGGAUGUUAACAACUUUUACAGUGUGACUCUAAAUGGCAACAAAUACCUAAACCGCACCACCGCUUUGAAGCACACCAUGUGACCACCUUAAUUUCAGCCAGGAUGUAAGUUAGCAUAGUGCUGCCCGGGCCGAGACUCGAGCACAAUUAAAAUUUCACACUAAUUUCCUUCUUGCUAGGACGUUUUGCAGUUGUUACUGAAAAAUGUGCAAAAAUCAAAUUAACGCUCUCCGGUUGCCUCGCGCUAUAUCGGUUGGCUGCCACAAACAAUGGAUGGUGCAAUGUGAUGAACAUUAGCGUGUUGUGGUGAUAUUGACUUGAAGCCUGACACAGGAAAUUAAGGACAAAUUUAGAGUUGUGGAUGCCCCUGCCUCCACGCACCCCCUUCAAUACCAUGCCUCUCACGUCGACACAGCAUUGAACAAGCCAAGUGGAAUUACAAAUAA